AUGCAUUCAAGUGGAGCGUCUAGGCGUCUGUUCGCUCUGUCGAUAUGCGCCUACUUUUCAGGUCAGUGGGUGAUGGAGAUGCGUGUGUGCAAAGUAUGGACACAGCCACAGAUGCAGAUGGCGACAGGCACACUCGCAAGCAUGGAAACUUCAAUUUCAGCCAUUUUGGGUGAAAAUCCUGGCAUUUGUGGAUCCUUCCUUCAUUCCACCGUGACCGAUUCAGUUAACGACAAAUCGAGUUGUUUUUCUGCAUAA